GGAUUUGGGCAGGAGGUGGGGAGGGUGGAGGAGGCUGGAGAGCCCCAUCUGAUGCUGAGCUCUCUGGUGGGUGGUGAAAACUCCAAACAAGCCAGCAACCAGAGGGGACCAGUCCCAAACUGGCUCCAGAAAAGCUGGAUUGAGCAAGCUACCUCUGUCAGGAGGUGCCUCAGUUUCCCCAGCAGGGGGAUAAGGAACGUAACACUGAGCUUAAAUCGGAGAAGCAGCUCUGAGACGUCCUUGGUGACUUGGUGAGGCCAUUCCUGUGCCAAAAUUGCACGUGAGGUGGGGGGGGGGACGGACACAUGGCUGCUAGUGCAGGGCAGGACAGGGGAACCCCUGUCCCCCUCGCGCACUAGUGCUCGGUCCCUGAGGUGCCCUGUCCUUUCCCCCCCCAGGCCUUGGGGGGCGGGUACCUCCACUGGGGCCACUUCGAGAUGAUCCGCCUGACCAUCGGCCGCAGCAUGGACCCCAAGACCAUGUUUGCCAUCUGGCGCGUGCCGGCCCCCUCCAAGCCGGUGACGCGGAAGAGCCUGGGACACCGCAUGGGGGGCGGCAAGGGCCCCAUCGACCACUACGUGACUGCGGUGAAGAGCGGGCGCCUGGUGGUGGAGGUAGGCGGGCGCUGCGAGUUUGAGGAGGUGAAGCCCUUCCUCACGCAGGUGGCCAGGAAGCUGCCCUUCCCCGCCGUCCCCAUCAGCCGCGACGGCCUCCAGCAGAUGUGGCAGGAGGAGGAGGAGAAGAGGCUCAACAACCAAAACCCCUGGACCUUCGAGCGCGUCGUCACCGCCAACAUGCUGGGGAUGCGCAAAUACCUCAGCCCCUACGACCUGCAGCUGAAGGGACGCUACUGGGGCAAAUUCUUCCUGAAACAUAGGGUGUAACGAGCAGCUGGGGAGGGGGCCGCCUUAAUUAAAC